AUGAAAUACAUGUCUCCGGUAAAACAAGGUAAUGGAGGUAAUAAGGUACUAAUCGGUUUCUUCUUCUCAGUGCCAGCCCAGUACAUACCAGGACGGACCGGUACAAGCCUGUUAUUAUUAAACGGGUUUACAUUUUACAUGAAAAAUCAUCAGGCUCAUGGAAAGAAACAAUGGUACUGCUCUGCUAGAGACGUGGCCGGCUGUCGUGCAGAUGUCAUUACCUGUACUAAAAACCAUAAAAUUUCAGGAAUAUAUUACCUCCCAUCGCACAGAUCUGGUAGCAUGGUGCUUAUAUUUAAUGAUAACAAGUAUUGGAUCAAUAACCGCUACCAGAACACUAUAAACUGGACCUGUAAGGACCGCAAACGGCUCGGCUGCUCCAGCUGCGUCCAAACCACAUUAGAGGGACGCUACAUCAAGCACAAGGGUGAUCACAACCAUGAUGACAACUAUACGAAAUACAACUUUAAUGAUUGAUGUCUAGCAAAGAGCUACUUCCUCUGGCCCCAAAUUAGUUCCGUAGAGAGUAAUAUGCAGUAGUUUAUGUAAUAGCUACAAAGGUUUAAAAAUGUGUAAUGUGUAGUAGAUUUCAUACUUAUUCUGUAUUUAAAAAGGAGGUAGCUCUUGAGGAAGCAUGUUGUAUUCAUUGCUUCCUAAUCAUUAGAAUGAUGGUUACAUCCCUUGUUCUACAUUAAAAUCUGCAUAAUCUAUUUGCUGUAAGAAUACUCAUGAUAAGACCCUGAAUUAGAUUCUGUUUUGACUGGUGAUAGGUUCAUAGAAAUAUUAUCUCUACCUAUGGAUUCUGCUUAGUUAUUAGUUGGUUAUUAUAGAUUAGAGUGAAAUAGUGACUGAUUUAGUUAUACUUUUAAUUUAAACAGUUUAUUUUAUGCAAAAUUGAUUGCCAUAGGCACUUUUUUAUACUUUUUUGUAUACAUAAUUAAUUUAUGUGCUUAGUUUUUAUCUCGUUUUUAUACAUGUUUUUCAUUUGUAUUAAUUUAUAUUUAAUAGAUAUAAUUUUAUACAUUUAAGUAUUGUAUCUUGUGUCUCUUCUAUACCAGGGACAAAAUAGUAUAUAAGGACAACGUAAUGUAAACGUUUUGAAAAUUGACUUGUAACGUGUUAAGAAAUAUUUGAAUGAAGUUAUCGUGACACUGUUAAAUUUUGAAUAUAAAUACAGUGCGGCUAAACUAGAACUAAACACGUUUGCUUAAAUAGUGUAGCUAAGAGUAUGUCAUAUCAUUAGUGAAUUAUUUUUUUAAUAGAUUUUAUGUUUACUUACUUACGUAUAAAUGUAAUAGUACAUAAAAAAAAAGAUUACAUUCCAUAUCAGAAUGUUGCCUCAACAUGCAAAAAAUUUGCAUGUACUAAAAUUUUCGUCUGCUUUAAAUGUAUGCUACUGAGACUGACUAACUUAUCAGUAUUUACCACUUAAUACGGCAAUUGGAAGGUGGAUCUCUUACUGUAACGUUUAACCCAUUGAGUUAUGGGUGAAAACCUACUACGGUACUCUAUACCUACCCGGUAAAGGCGCGUUAAAAGAGUGUGCAUGGUUAAGGUGCGGUGUCUCUCAACAGUCAAUAAGAUUGACUACGUUAGCAGGGGUCCACGUUACCACCUAAAUAAUU